CAGUGAGGUAUGAGUGUAAGGUGAGACACGGAGAACAUCAGCUUUGAUUCGGCACCCGCGUGAGCUCCUCAGUGCGCGUGAACGCUGCGCGCGCUCCCUACCUGUGGCUCAGGUAAACUCGGGGUCAGAGUCAGAAACAGCCCGCUUCAGACCGCCAGCGACAGCCGGGAGGAGUGAGAGGAGUGAGAGUCCGCGGAUUUAUUGAGUGUUAAUGAUAAGAAAGGCGGAGGGAAGGUGUGUUUAGGGAAGAAAAAUAAAUCGCUUUAGUCAGAAAACACACUUCCGCCAUCGGAAUCGCCGCGAGCGUGAAGCUCAGAACAACACCGGAGCUGCUGCCGAGUCUGAGACUCCUGCCAGGUCCUGACUGAAGUUGCCAUGCCUGGACACAGCACUGGGACCAAACAAAAGUCCCGCCCACACACCCACGGGUCGGGACGCUGCAGGUCCGAGUGUUACAGGCCGAGCCAGUGCAGCUUGAGCAACCAGGAUUCAUACCGAGGUCAUCACAUCGCCAAGCAGGAGUCCUACAGGAAUCAACACAACAUGAAUCAGGACUUGUACCAAGAUUACUCCACUGAUUUACCCCGGCUCAUCGACCCACGGCUGCCCCACGGUCCUCCACACGUCGCUAAAACCCAAAUGAGUUCAUAUCGAGACAAUCACACAACCAAUCACAAUUCAUACCGGGAGAAUCACAAAACAAAUCAGGAUUUGUUACAGAAUCACUACACAGCCAAUCAAUUUUGGUUCUGUGAUGAUCAGGAUCUAUAUCACAACCACGCCUCAAGUCCAGAUCGCAAACUGUCCCAGGAUUCAUGCCGGAAUUAUUCCACCAGCAAUCAGCACUCAUUCCGAGAUAAGGAUUCACACCGUGAUCACUGCACUGAUCCGCCACGCACCAUCGUCAUCGACACUCAGCCGUCCCGUGGCGCUGCUCGGAGCUGUGAUAACGGAUUGAUCCCGAGCGCUCAGUGCGGCUCGUGUUCCUGGUCAGAUUGCCGAACUCUGAUCUGCUGCAUCCUCACCUGUGGCUUUUACAGCCGCCAGCAGCCCUGCGUCCCCCCUAAUGAGAGUUCCACCGACCCGCCACCCAAAUCCGAGCCUGAACCGCGGCGACCCGAACCCAAAUCCGAGCCCAAGACAACUCAUCUGCCCAGUUCUGGAAGUUUCCGUUAUGGAGAUGUCUAUUUGGCGGGAAAGAAGGUAGUGUACUCGCCAAAUUCAGAUGCUCCAGCUCGACGCAACAGAUCCACAGCAAAGGGUGAGAGUCAAAGGCCCAUUAGCAACACUAGCAUUUACUCCAGAGAGGACCUGGACGUGGAUGACGUGGAUGACGGGGGCACCGAUAUCGACUCGCUAAUCACCAAGAAGCUUCUGGAGCUUUAUAAACUGCACCAGAUUGAGCAGCUGGCCAAGUGCACGUCAGACCUGUCAUUCUCACGCAAGACGAACGAAAUCAGUGACCUGAUCAACAGCAUCGCGCAGGACUACAACCUGGAGGAGCAGGAGGCCGAGUGCCGGCUCGUACACGGCGUCAUCCGCAUCAGCACACGCAAGUACAAGUCUCAGACUUCCAAAGGCUAUAAAAGCAAAGACUACAAAUCCCAGGAUGCACUGCUGCAGCCGAACGGGAGGAGGGAUGGGACGCUGCCGGACAGCGGCAAUGAAACCAUGACCUUUACCUUCAGCACUGAUGAACCGGAGAUGCUGGUGUCUGAUUUGACGCCCUCUGAUGAACUGGCGAGAAAGAUCAGAGGACACAGCAGGCGAACCGCGUAUUCUUCAGGAAUGGCUAUGGACUGGUCUGCAGAGCCGCUGCUGUGCUGACAGACGCCUGAUGGAGCCUCGCGGCUGGACUACAGACGUGUCGGCUGGACUACAGAAGCUUCAGCUGGAAUUUUGAUCGACGCUGCCUUGUUUGAUCAAAAUACUGAUUACAGACCAGAUGUCUGGAUUAAAGACUAAACAAACUGCAGACGGAGUCGUUUCAAGAGGUCACUGCCAUACUAAACACCACACGGAGGUAUUAGUGAGAUGCACAGCUGGAUUAAACUCUCAGCUGUAGUGCCGCAUGUUACAGAUGGCAGGUCUGGAUUAGAGACCACACGUCUGCUUUAUAAAUCACACGGCCGGGUUAAACACUUCAGAAUAAGACUAGAGACGUUUUUCAGCCCCUGGCAGAUUACAGAAGGCUGGAGGGGAUUUACAGAGCGCAGAUUAGCGACCGCACAGCUGGAUUAAAGAUCACACUGUGGAUUUGGAGAACACAAAGCCGAACCCUUCUCCAAAGAUCAGGAUGUUCAAAUCAUGUCUGCAUUAGAGAUUAGAAAGCACACCGGUGGAUUAAAGACCUUUGGACAGGAAUGAGAGAUGUGUGUAUUGGAUUAAACACUGACUGUCCUCCGGCCAGCUGACUGAGGCUCCUCCUCGGCUGAUUUGGAGCUCUGGCUGGAUGUUUUGUUUCUCUCACUCCAUAGCUUGUCAUUGUGUGUUUUUAUCAGAUGGAGGAUGUGUGUGUGGGUGUGUUGGGAUUAAAGUCGCACUCCGUACUGGUGAUUCUCCUGUAAAAAUCUCCUGUAUUGAGUCACAGAGCCGGAACCUGAGGAACCUGUGCUGCCGCUGCUCGCACACCACAUGCUGACCUUUUUAAACUCUUUUCUGGUCUCUGUGUCCCCGAUCACUCAGACUCGUUUUACUGCACUCCUUUUUUCCUCAUUAACCUCGUCUCUCAGGUUCUCUGACUUCCUGCGACUGUGUGGUGCUGGCUCACGCUGAAAGCAUGUGCUUUUGUUUGUGGUUUUUUUGUUUGUUUUUUUAAAUAUAUAUAAGGGCACAUCCUAUUUUUCCUGUGUCUUGUUUACAUGUGUCUGGUGCACGAACAAUCACAGACCCAGAAAGUGUGUUACAUUUAUGAGAAAGUGGCCAAGUUUGAGUUUUAUUUUCUAAAAUCUGCACUUUUAUGGACAAUCUUCUGUUCCUUUCUCUCGACAAACUUCUCUAAAGAUUACGGCCUCCUCCUCCUCUCUGUGUGUGUGUGUGUGUGUGCGCGCGCACGUGCGUGUGUGUGUACAGUAAACUGUGAACCUGUUUGUCUGGUUUGACAAAGCAGGAAACAAAUAAAAGGAAUUAAAGGAAAUGAAAUCCAAGCGUGUUGGAGGAGGAGCUGAAAAACUCAGCGAGGCUUUUUUUGGCAGUUUAUAUUUCAUUUAUCCCUCAAAAUUCUUCCUGUAAGUUUCUAAUAAAGUGGAAAAAGUUGGAAUGGUGAA